AUGCGAGCUGUGUCUAAUCUCUGGAAGAUGGCGAAAGACACCGUGGUCGAAGGCGUCUUCGCCAUCAACAAGCCGUACGGCAUGAGCUCCGCGCAGGUGAUUCGCGAUUGCCAGACGCAAAUGAACCCCUCGGGUCUGUUCAAGCCAUUGAUUGAGAGGGAUAUCGCCGCCAAGCUGUCCGAAUCCAAGCAAGAAUGGAGUCGUCGUCGGGCCGUCAAGAAAGGCUCACAGGUGAAGAUGGGUCACGGAGGGACCCUCGACCCAUUGGCGACUGGCGUUCUCAUCUUGGGUGUCGGAUCGGGAACCAAGUCGCUCAGCUCAUUCCUCGAUUGUAACAAGACCUACGAGACGGUAGUCCUCUUCGGCGCAAGCACAGACACAUACGACCGCGUCGGCAGAAUAUUAAGCAGGCGACAGUAUGACGAGAUCACAAAGGAGAAGGUCGAAAAGGCAUUGGACGACUUCCGGGGCAAAUUCCAGCAGAUCCCACCUCUGUACUCGGCGCUCAAGAUGGAAGGCAAACCUCUGUACGAGUACGCCCGCGAAGGCAAGGCAAUCCCGAGAGAAAUCGCAGGACGAGACGUCGAGGUUACUGAGCUCGAGAUGGUCGAGUGGUAUGAGCCCGGCACGCACAACUACAGAUGGCCCACCGAAGAGGCAGAGGCCGCCGAGAAGAACCUCGCCGAGCAGGUCUGGCGCGUAGAGAAGCAGCAGGGGACCGGCCGCAAACUGACUCCCGACGAGGAAAAGGAGGAAGAGAAGGCCCUGUCCGAGCACGAGACUGUGAAGAAGAAGUUUGAAGAGCGCCAGGACGGUCUCAUCCGCGACAAGCCCGCCAAGAAGCAGAGGCCGCCCAAGAACCCGGCCCUCAUGUCCGGCGCCCUGGGACAGCUCCCGGCCGGCAAGGGGUCGAACCUUAUCCCUCCUCCCCCGUCCGCCGACGAGCCGUUCCCUUGGACCGACAAGGGGCCGCCCGCUGCCCGAAUCCGCAUGAAGGUCACAUCCGGCUUCUACGUGCGCAGUUUCUGCCACGACCUGGGCGCCAAGGUCGACUCGGCGGGCAUGAUGGCGGAGCUGGAGCGUUCGCAGCAGGGUGACUUCAAGGUCGGCACCGACAGCUGUAUGGAAUACGGAGACCUCCUCAAGGGAGAGGAGGUGUGGGGUCCCAAGGUGACGAGAAUGCUGAAUGCUUGGACCGAGAAGUACCCCAACGGAGCGCCCCAGGUGCCACAGAAGCGGCAGAACAACCAGGAGCAGCAGAACCGCAGCCGCAAGCAGGACAGGAAGCGCAAGUGGGAGGAGAAUAAGAAGUCCGACCAGAACUCUAAGAAGAGAAGGAACUCUAGCUCGGGAGACGAGGCGCCCGCCUCUAAGGUGGCAAAGACGGAGGUGGCCAAGGGGGAGUCACCCAGGAGGGAGUCGCCCAAGGGGUCCCCCAAGGCAUCAUUGGUGAAGUCGUCACCCAAGACAUCGCCCAAAGGUUCGCUCAAGUCUUCCCCAAAGGGUUCCCCCAAGGUGAAGGCAGCUGACACGAAGAAGAAACUGAGGCCUGAAGAAAUCGAGUGGGAGGGCAUCCAGGACUAA